AUGAGUUACUACUCCUACCCUCAGUAUGGUGGUCAGUUCUCCAAUGGGGAGGAAAAUCCCGAGGACGCCGCGACUCCACAGCGGACCUACUUCUACCCUGCGGCCUACGGUGCUGGUGGCGCGUACGGACACUAUUACUACCAGAACUGCAUGACACCGACCAUGGCGCAGUAUCCAAUGCCAUACAACGUGGCGGCUCCUCACCCGGUUCCGACCCAGGGUGGGUAUCUGGGGCCCAAGCCGGGUGACAAUGAGGGUCAGCGAACCCCCAGUACCCCCGUGACCAGCACUCGUCCGGUCGAGACGGAGGCAGCUCAGUACCAGCGUUCAGUGAGCUAUCCAGGCGUCUACUACCCCGGAGGACCCUACAUGUAUCCUUACGGAUACUCUCCUCAGACACAGGGUUUCGCCAAUCAGCCCCGACCCAUGUGGUUCCCAUAUGGCUACCCCAACGCCGCCUCCUACCAGACGCCUCAGAAGACCCCGGGCCUCAGCAACUCGAACGAGCCAAGCCCCGGCACAACGUCUGGACCCCGUACCCCUGGUGAUGUCGAUGACUCCGAAGAAGAAACCCCGACCAAGAAGCCAUCCUUCCGCGCCCGCCUCCAGGAGAAGGAGAAAAAGAAGCCCAACGUCCCCGCGUUCCCCAUCAAGCGUGCCGGACGCUCCCCUUACCGCCCGGCCUCCCCUCCUCCCCAGACCCGCAGCGCCUUCCAGGCGAAGCUCGCCGCCGCCGUCAGGGCCGUCCCCGGCACGCGCUCGCGCCUCCGUCGCCUCCGCUCAGACGACGACCUCAUCUCCCUCAAGGAGCUCUCCCUGGACGAUGAUGACGACGAGGGCGCCGAGGAUGACGUGGAGCACUGCGAGAUUGACGUCUACGACGCGCCCGACGUGCCCAACUAG